GCAUGUUGGAAGUUCUGAACGGCAACCUCGUGCACGAUGGCUCCCUCGUUGCUGUAACGCUCGCCGGUCUCUUUUUGGGCUACUAUUACCUGGCCGGGUCUAGGAAUAGCAGCAAAGGAGCAUCUUUGGAUGAUCUCCCAGGACCAGAACGACAUUUCUUGCUGGGUAACCUGAAGAAUUUUCCAAGAGGGUCGUGGACACCUGUAUUUGCAGAAUGGAGGGAGAAAUUUGGUGACGUCAUCUAUCUUAAAUUACCAAACCGCCGAAUUCUCGUAGUCAGCUCUCUAGAGGAUGCAGAAGAAUUCUUGGUCAAGCGAUCAAACAUUUGGUCUCAUCGCGCGUACAACCGCGUUGUGAACGACUU